CUGAUGAGCUGACUCGGUUGAACCUUCUUUUGGCAACAAUAACGCUUCAAAAUAAAAAAUAAAAAUACCCUAUUUAAAGCUGAAAUAAUUUCUAACUUUUCCCCUAAUUUUGAUGAUUGCAGUAUUCGGUUUCCAUGCUAUCAGCCUUUCUUUUAUUCUGAAUUGGACCCCGAUUCUUCCAAUUUGGCACAAAAUUUCAUCUGCAGGCAGAUAUUCAGAAAAGUCGAAAGCAUGGAUUUUAAUAAUCAUAAGCUAUUGAAGGGACCAAACAGCAUGACUGAGGCUAAAGAUUUGAUCAGUGACUUACCUGACUCACUUCUUCACCAUAUUAUUUCCUUCCUUGAAAUCAAAACUAUGGAAUUACAUCUAGACCUCUAUCCCUACUCUUGAUUUCAAACACUGGUUUCCCUCUUCUUUGGAAACCAAUAAAUUCAUGGAUUUUCUUGAUGGAACAUUGCAUCGUCAUAAUAUAUCAAACGUUCAGAAAUUCUCUCUACUCUGGAAUACACACUUGAAUGAGUCUCGGGUUAAUUCAUGGAUCUCUAAUUUGAUAAGGCUUGAGAUUCAAGAGCUCAGUCUAUUUUUAGAACAAGGAAAACCAUUCUCUGUUCCAUUGUCUCUUUGCAGUAGUGCAUCAGUCCUGUCGUUGACACUAGAAAUAACCCCUAACAUCUACUUCCCUAAAGAUAUCUCUUUUCCAAGACUCAAGCGCCUUCACCUUUAUGGAGUCAAAUUUACCAGCAACUGCUGGAAUGAGCAAUUCUUUUCCACUUGCGCUGUUCUUGAAGAUCUUGUAAUUGGAUUCUGCAAUUGGAUUGAUGUGAGCAGUUUCUGUAUUUCAAAUCCCACACUGAAAAUCUUGAAAAUUCUUAAUCGGCAAGAAAAUGAAGAUGGUUUUAGAGACUGUGCUCUCAAAAUUCAUGCACCAAAUUUGGAAUAUCUCACCUACAAAGGAAGGGUUGCAAAAGAAUAUCUUUUGUCUAGAUUUCGGAAUCUGGUUGAAGCCAAAAUUGACUUCGAAGACGAUUAUGGUGCAACAAGAGAGCAAAAGAUUGGUCAAGUUGCAGCUGUACGUAAGUUUGUCCGAACGCUUUCACGUGUAAACUAUCUAUCAAUUUCUGAUCGAACUCUACAGAUUCUCUCCAUUGCAAACGGCUUCGUGAGAAAUUUGCCAACAUAUCAUUAUUUGUUCAAGUUGAACCUGACUCAGAAAACAACCACUGAUAAUGCACUCAUUGCUUUCCUCAAAACAGCACCUAAUCUGGAGUUUAAAGGGUUUACUGAUGAUGAGGUUGACGACGAGGAUAAUGAUGAAGGUGAAGACAACCACGAUAUUGAAGACAAUAACUUUGGCACUGCUGAGGGCGAAGACAACAAUGACAAGGGAAACAAUGCUUGGGAGAUUGAUACGGUGGCCACUAGAUGUAUUUUUCUACAGCUCAAGUCAGUUAGCUUUAAAAACUUUUCUGGCGACCCAAGGGAGAUUAGGUGGGUGAAACUAAUUUUGAGGAAUGCAAGAACUCUGGAGACAAUGAUGAUUUACGGUGAUCGCAGUCUUGAUAUGGAAAGCGAACAAGUAAUAAUGGCAGAGUUAUCGAGUCUUCCAAGAGCCUCAGCAAGUUGUGUGUUCAAACUCUAUUCUCACCCGGGUUAGAAGGUUUCAUUUCCACUGUCACAUACUGGCGGCGAAGGUUAUCACAGAGUAAUUGAAGAGGUGGCCAAUAGUAUCUGCAUUUCCAAAUUCAGGGAAAUUAAAUUUGUGAUAAAAUUCAAUAUCAGGAAGUAGCUUCCUCUCUGUUUGUGUUUUGACCAGUCCGUCUCGAGGACUUCUCCAUGUGGAAUUAUGUGGUGUACAGAAGCUUACAAGAUUCAGUAAACUAACAAUUCACCAAUGCAGAAUAAAGAGAAAACAUGGUGACUGAAAACUUUCAACAGUAUCUAUUUCAUUUUGUGUCUUUUAAUCUCUGUAAUAUCUGGAAACUUCAGUUCAAAGAAAAGUGGAUUAUGUUCACUUUUUAUUUCGCUUUUAA